AUGAGCACUACAGCUCCCAACUACACGGAUAUACUUAAUUUAUCAGCUGCUUUUAUCAUCCUUGUGAUCGGAAUAAUUGGUCUAGUUUCCAAUUUUUUCAUCAUCUACAUAUUCAUAAAAUCAGCAGCCGAGAGAACAUCUUUCAACAUUAUAUGUGUUUCUCGGGCAGUCGUUAAUAUCAUAAUCAUCGCAUGGGCAUUUCUAGGAACAUUUCUUCCUAUAACAUUGAUUGGAGUCUCCCCAUUCAGCCCAAUCUACGAAACCUUAGUCAUAGGAAUAGCCAAUUCAUUGUAUUCGGGAUUUCAGGUGACUGGAAUGUAUAUUGCUAUAAAUCGAUUCUGUGCAAUGUAUUUCACAAUGUACUAUUCGAGAUUUUUCGGUUUCAAAACCACUCUUUUCAUCACAUCUUUGCUGUUUUUAUAUAGACUUGUGAGAAUAACAAUGCAGUUCUUCCGUUACAUACCCCGCGAAUGCUGGCUGACAUACACAUCGAUUGAUCUGACAUGGUUCCCAAACAUGGAUCCAAAAUGUGAAGAGGAUCAUGAUUAUCAAAUUGAUGCUACUGCCAUUUUUCUUGUUGCGAUGGGGUUAUUAAACGCUGCAACCUUUUCAAAAAUCUACUUUUUCUACAAAUCUACUGAUUUGGAUGUGAAAGAAAGAAGGAGAAAACAGAAGAAGAACCAAGCUUUGUUCAUUCAAACAAUGAUUCAAGAUGCUGUAAUAUUGAUUGAUAUGGUAUUCACUUACAAGCUGAGUCUAUUGAGUAAUAAGAGAACUUGGUCAUUCUUCUGUGGUACAGUCAUAUGGCAAUGCGUUCAUUCCUUUGAUGGAGUGAUCAUGGUUUUGUUCAAUGAGCGACUCACAUUUAUCAAGAAAACAUUAUUCACCCCGUCAUCAGACAGCCCUUCAGUUGUUCUUCCUGGAAAAACAAAUUCGGUGACGCCUUCUAUGUAUCCAUCUCGUGUUGAAUAA